GAGGGAGAAAGUUACGGUCAAUUGGACCCUAUCAUCUCGUGGCCAUUUCAAAUGUCUUUCCCUCUCACCUUCUGCUUCUUGGAUUUCUUGCUUCUCCUCCUCCUGGUAAUGCCCAAUGCCGCAGUGUCGUGUCCGCCAGCCGCUGUGAAAAUACGGUUCAGGCGUAUCAACCGAAUGCCAAGUAAAUGUCAAGCAAUGCAUAAACACACAACGCUGCCCCGAGGACGACGUGUGUUCCUUUUCUUUUUCGUCCAGGGAUGGGCCGUGAACGCGUUGCCUCGUCCGUCGUUGUCGACACUCUCGUUAGAGACUUGCUUCGGCUUCUCUUGCUCCCUAGGAAACCCUUCGAACCACACACACACACUCUCUCUCUCUCUCUUACCUCAGACGACCGAGUCCCAUGGUUACGGGGAGUCAUCCCGUUGCAAUCAAGACGAAUGGCCUUGGUUUAGCCUUUGAACCCCUCCCCGGGUCUCCGUCCCUUUCUGACGACUGGAAAUUUGUGGGCUCUCUGCUCCACCCGAUAUGUCCAUCACCAGUCAGGCCCGC